AAAGUGAAAAGCGAAACGAGGUGUCGCGUACAUCGUGAAAAUGCUUUAAUCGUUUGGACAGUACUGCUUCCCACGUCGUUUCGCGUGUAUAUCUUCUUAAGUCUUAUUCGCAUCAUAUAACUAUCGCAUGCCCGAAAUAAAUAUUAUAUUUCGUCAUCGUCGUCGUCGAGAUGAGCGAGUCCGUAAAAGUGGCCGUAAGAUGUCGGCCCAUGUGCAGUCGAGAAAAGCAACAGGGGUGCCGGAGCGUCGUGACGAUCGACAGCCAGACAAAAUGUUGUACUUUGGAGAGUCCAUCUUCGAAUGGAAAUUUGACUGGCGGGAAGGUGUAUCAAUUCGACGCAGCAUUUGGUUCGGAUUCAAGUACGGAAUUGGUUUACGAGGACGUUGGCUCGGUCAUCGUCGAGGCUGUACUUCACGGUUACAAUGGUACGGUCUUUGCUUAUGGGCAAACAGGUUGCGGGAAAUCUUAUACUAUGCGAGGUUUCAUCGAACGUACAUUGGAACAUUUGUUCGAGGCAACUUCAACAUCGAGCACGGAGACACGUUAUUUGGCAUUACUUAGCUAUCUCGAGAUUUAUAACGAACGUUUACGGGAUUUAUUGAAGGAAGAUACGGGUGAAUCAUUGUUGAUGCUGAAGGAGGAUUCAACCAAAGGUACUUACGUGGCCGGUGGUUUGCGCGAGGUCACGGUCAAGGACGCUGCGGAAUGCGCACGUUUGAUCGAACAAGGUGAUAAAAAAAGGGCAGCAGCCGCUACGAAGAUGAACGCAGCAAGUUCGAGGAGUCACGCGGUUUUGACUCUUGCACUCGAGGCAAUAGCUAUUAACGAUAACGAGAAGGGUGGUAGUAACGCUAUUAGAAGAGGAAGACUUCAUUUGGUCGAUUUGGCUGGUUCGGAGAGACAAACGAGAACCGGUGCUACCGGGGAUCGUUUGAAGGAAGCCGCUAGUAUUAAUUUGAGCUUAUCCGCUCUUGGUAAUGUCAUUAGCGCAUUGGCUGCUGGCAAUGGUCGACAUGUACCAUAUAGGGAUAGUAAAUUGACUAGGUUACUAAGGGAUAGUCUUGGUGGCAAUGCAAGAACACUUAUGAUAGCAUGCAUCAGUCCUAGUGACAUUGAUGCCGACGAGACAUUGAGUACACUUCGAUAUGCCGCAAGGGCACGUUGUAUAAAAAACAAACCGGUUGUCAAUGAGGAUCCUAAAGAUGCUUUGUUAAGACAAUAUCAAUUGGAAUUACAGAGACUUCGUAAAUUAUUGGAAUCAAAUGAUAAGAUGAACGAUUCGAUUGGCUCGACUAAAGAUCUUGAAUUAUAUGAGAACGUUGAUACAACGGAUAGAGAAUAUAACGAGGAAGUUGAAAGAUUGAAAAAGGAAUGUGAGAAUUCGAAUUUGUCCGCUAAAAGAUUACGAGAGGAACUUGAUAUAUUGAAAUCGCGAUACGAGAAUGAUAAUGGUAAAAUUACAUUGCACGAGGAUGAACCUGUUAUCGAUGAAUUGGACAGAGAACGGGAAGAGAAACGAAGGAAGAAGAGAGAGGCAGCGAAACAAGAAGUAUUAAGGAGAUUGGAGAAACUUACGAUUGGUGGGGAGGCACUUGACAAUAACGAGUUAAGGAAACGAAGAGAAAAGAGAAGAAAGAGAUUGCAAGCUCUUGCUGGUGUUUUAGAAGCUAGCAGUCAAGAUGGCGGUGUCUUCCAAGUUUACGGCCAACUAAGAUCUACCGAGGAUGCAUUGAAAAGAAUGGCGAAGAGAGUACGUCAAUUAGAAGCGGAAGCUGCCGAUCUCCAAGCAUCCUGGGACGCGGAACGUCGUGAUCUCUUACGACGUGAAUUACUUACGUCACAAUUGUGCGACGCAAUGAUACCACAUUUGCGACCAGGUUGUCCAUUACGGGACGUAGAAUCUGUAAGGGCAUCGGCAACUUGGUCCGAGGAAUUAAAUCGUUGGAGACUUCCGGAUGCAUCUAGUUACAUAACAUUACCACCAACGUUCAUUCAAUUACGUGAUGGUAAUAUGACGACGAACACGAUGACGACACCAGGAACUAUAUCUAAGGCAGAUCUUAACAACAAUAAUAAUAAUAACAAUAAUGACGGUAAAACAACAGGGAGGGAGGAUUAUAGAAAAACGAAUUUAAACGUGUCAACGAAUGAGACCGCAGACGAGACGAUUGAUGAUAAAAAUAAAAUUAAGGAUACGACAAAGAAGUUGGACAUUGCUGGAACAUAUUUUCGUAGAAAUAGAAUUGAUACAUUGUUGGCACGUGUCAAAGAGGCUAAAACAUUCGAAAUAGGAAAUCGUUUGAGCAAGUCCGGCGGUUCGGAAGAUACAACGACUCCGUCUAAUAAUAAUUAUCUACAAUUGAACGCAUUGAACUUGCAAACUAGCGCGCCUGUAAUCACCGAAUCAAAUGUUUAUAAACCGAGUCAACAUCCUGUAACAGUUCACGGUCAUUCAACUCGAUACGCAUGGACCAUAGAUGAUAAUCCAACAAAUAAAACUUAUGGUUCGCUCCUAACUAAUAUGAAAAAAAAUCCACCAAGGAUAUUAGAAGCAUUACCAUCUUAUCCACAAGGCAAUGGUCAACUUAUCAAUAAUCCGUUUCGUUUUAACGAAAGGAUACCUUCUAGAUUCGAUCAAAAUGACGAUCAACGACAACAUCAACGAAAACAUGAACAAGAUGAAGAUGAAGUGGAAGAUGAAGAGGAGGAGGAGGAAAAAGGAAAACGUCGUGAACGUCGUUUACUCAAUCUCGAUCGAAAUUUUCAUUCAUCCAAGGCGAGCUAACGAUAUUGAUUAAUUAAUGAAUUUAUUAAUUAACGAUUAGUUAUUAACGAAAUACAUACUCGUUAUUUUUAAUAUUAUCGUUUUUGAACGUCCAUAUUAUAUCUUAAAUCAUCACGGUUAUAUUUAAUU